AUGGCCUUUCAGAAAGGCAAAAUAUGCGUUCUGAAAUGGCAAGACAAAAAACCCAUUUCAUUUUUAAGUACCUACCAUGGUACAGAUUUCGAAACUCUUUCGAAAAAUGAUAAACUCAUACGAAAACCUACUGCUAUAAUUGACUACAAUAAAAAAAUGGGAGGAGUGGAUAAAGCUGACCAGUGUCUAGCGUAUUAUCCAGUCAUAAGAAACCAACAACGAAAGUAUUAUAAAAAGAUUUUUCGGCAUCUCUUAGAUCAAGCCGUAUGGAAUGCUUUCGUCAUUUAUACGAAGUGUGGAGGCCUUAACAGGCAUCUUGAAUUUAGACUGAGACUGAUAGAGAGAUUAAUUGAAGAGCAUUUAACACAGUUAUCGCACCCAAAUGACGCAUCAUCACAAUAUGGUAGCAUCGUACGUUUAACUGGAAGACAUUUUCCUUCUGUUAUUCCUCAUACUGGUGCUACUCGAAACAAUCCUUCGCGUAGAUGUGUUGUGUGCAAUAAACAAAGAAAUGAUAAAGGAAAAAGAAUUAGACGCGAAACCAGAUACUGGUGCGAAGAAUGUAAUGUAGGACUAUGUGUUCACCCAUGUUUUAAAACAUAUCACACUGUUCAGGACUUCUAA